GCGGUUGCGAGCGCACGUCUCUAACACACAGAGCCUAGUGAUAAUACGUCGCGUGAAACUUUUCGUAGUCCGAGUUGAACGGUCGCGAUAUCAGAACAUGAACAGAGUUCAGUGCUGUGUGCAUUAAAGUAGAGACUGAUCGGUGGUUCCGUAGAUCGGUGUCUCGGUGGCUGUGUUCCGACUUCAGAGGGGCUAAUUACCAGCUAGUCUAAUUGGCGGUGCGACGUUACAUGAAGGUGUCUGACCAGAGAAGAGGAGUAUUCUAGAGCGAGAUACGGUUCGUGCGAGAGACAGCCGCAGCAACCAAGCGGCUCCUCCCAGUUGGGACACAUGUUAGCUAUGGACGUGACAAAGGAGGCGCGCGCGUCACCACUGCCCUCGACGACCGGUGCGCCGGCGCAGCCCCAACCACAGAUAUGCGCUGGAUGCAGUAAGGUGAUAACGGAGCGUUAUCUCCUGAAGGCAUUGGAUCAGCUGUGGCAUGAAGACUGUUUGAAGUGCGGCUGCUGCGACUGUAGGCUCGGUGAGGUCGGACACACGUUGUAUACGCGAGCCAACCUUAUACUGUGCAAGAGAGAUUAUUUGAGGUUAUUCGGUAACACUGGUUACUGCGCCGCUUGUAACAAAGAUCCGGCCUUUGAGAUGGUGAUGCGCGCGCGCAGCAACGUGUACCACCUCGAGUGUUUCGCCUGCCAGCAGUGCAAUCACAGAUUCUGCGUCGGUGAUAGAUUCUAUUUGUGCGAGAACAAAAUCUUGUGCGAGUACGAUUACGAAGAGCGCUUAGUUUUCGCUAACAUGGCCUACAACCCGCCACCGCUCGCUCAUCUGAAGAGACAGACGACGCACCUGCCGCCACCUUCGACCAGCAACGCUAUCGGCCUCAUGAACGGAUCAAGUCGCUCGGGCGAUCUUAAUAACAACAUGUCAGGAUCGUCCCCGGCCUCCUUCGCGCCGCCCUCGCACCUCAAGCCGCUUGGCUUGUCUGCGUCCAGCUGAGAUUACAGAAUGUAAACCGCUCCAACCAAGAACCAUCUAACAGUGAAUCAAAAGGUCAUACAAUUAUUGGUGUAGUGACUUUAACAUGUACCAGUGUAUCUAUGAACCCAGCAACUAUAAAUGCUGGGUUUAAAUAGUCCGAGUGUAAACCGAGGCACUUGUUCCUGGUGUGAACCAUCCAACUAUACCGGUUUUGGAAUUUGGUGUUCUGCUUAGUGGUUGUCAUGGACUUUAAGAUGAUAUUGGUGACGGAAGGAACAUUUAUCUUAAAAUUUACAUGUCUCAGUGUUAGCUGCUAGUGUUAAUGCCAAAACGAUUUAGACAAUCAACUUCCUCCUCGGCGAGUUUUAGAAUGAAGUUUUAAUAAAAUGUAACAUUAAAAUAAAUUUAAUCUCAUAAGAGGAUCUCAUAGGACGGUCUCAUAGGACGUAGAAUAACUGAUGUGGAUUUCAACAAUGAUAUAUGAUUUGUGAUGUAAUGGAUCUAAAGUUCAAAGACUGCGUUUGUUUUAUUGAUGUUUCUUAUUAUUAUUAUUAUUAUUUUAGAUUUUCGGAAGAUUUAUAUCCAAACAUGUCUCACUCAACGCCAUCUACGUUGUGUAUAAUAUUUUACGAUGCAAUACGACGGACAAACUCUAUAUUAGUGUUUUAUUGUUUAGCAUAACUUGGCAUAGCCACUGGAUGUCGUCUGCUUGUGCGUUCAGACUCGUUGUUUCGUUAGAUUGUAUAUUGCCUGUUAAGUUUAAUUCUGACGUCGUUAUAAUGUUUGUAUUAUUUAUGUAAAUAUUAUAAAUUUAAGUGAGCUGUAUUAUUAUGGAAUCGGUGUAUAUUUAAAAUCUCGUUUAUAGCGAAAUGUAUAAAUAUUAUUAUAAUUAUAUUAAUAUCGUAACUGUAUAGGAUAGUCCAAGGUACUUUACCCUGCUAUAUAUUAAAGUAGGUAUCGUAAUAGGUAUUUAAUUCAGCAUUUACGUAGGCGAAAUCUCAGUCAUUCCUGAUCUUGUAAGAGAUGUUGAUGUUUGGACGAAUUGUAUUUAAUGUGUCGGAAUGUUUCAAAACCAAUGAUACGACCAAAGAAGUAGCUCAUUAAAAACUUGUUCGAAACUA